AUGGCUGCUGAAAAUCAGUGUUGCAAGGUGGAGACACAAGAACACAUAGCAGCUUAUUUAGAGAAUAGAGAGUUAGUGCGUGAACUACAGCCUUUGACAUGCGACGUGCGGCUGGUGGAACAGGUGGCCUCCAACUACAUCAUAGUGAAGCGCAUGCUGGGCCACCUGCCCUGGCAGGACCAGAUGAUCUGCAAGUCAGUGUGCAAGAUGUGGUGCGACGCCGUGCAAGCUCUUCAAAGGGAGCUCCAGGGCCCCGUGGACUUUGUCUACGAAGUUGUGGAGGACGUAGACAGCGGCAUGCUGAAGAGUUCAGGCAGCUUUUCAAAAGAACCCAUGGCGGUUAUUGUUUUUACAAACUUUGGUGGUUUUUGUAAGAUGGGCAACUGCACUCUCAUGUCCCCUCGCCCAUGUACGCCGGCUUGCAGUGAGGUGCACUGGAUGCUGGACUUUUUAGAUCAAGAGCUCUGCUUCCCCAAAGACUGUGAUCUGAUUGUCCGAGCUAGUUACCUCUGCUAUAUGCCACUGGCUUCAUCGCCAUCUUCAGCUUACACAAUAAACCGGGACAUGAUGACUACCACAUUACCAUUUAUAUGCGGCAUCUACAUACCAAAAAUACCCAAUGUGCAGUACGAAGUUGUGAACAUCAAAACCAAUAGUGAUAUGAAAAUGGACUUCUUUGAUGUUGUUGAUAGAAUAUCAUCAACAAGAACUUUUAAGGGGAUUCUGGUUUUCGUCACCGACAAAUACAUGUUAAACUCCAUUGAUGACAUUACCUUUUUGAAUCAUUUCAAAAAAGUUCAGCCUGAAACACCUUACGCUCUUGGUGGCUGCAUCAUCGAGGACACCAUGUUUGACCGCCGAGACCUGUCCUUCUUCAUCAAUAAUGUGAAUACAGACGUACUGCACCGCGACGCCUUCAUAAGCGAGAAUGUUGUGUCAGUCUGCAUGUUCACCGUACCUAAAGCACAAGAAGCGCAGGAUUCAGGAUCUAGUUGUAAUGGGAACUUUGAAAUGUUUUCCUUGAUCAUCGAGUCUUCAGAUUGGUCUAAACCGAAAAUACUUAGUGCUAUCAAAGAGUUUGCAGAAAACAUCGAUCACUUCGAGCAUUCAGUGGUAUUCAAGCUGUCGUGCAUCGGUCGCGACGAGCGACACGACUUCGAACAGAAGAGUUUUCGCACCCACUUCCCCUCCACCCCCCUCAUCGGUUGCUAUGGCAACGGCGAGCUCGGGGUCAACCACCCCCCGCGCCCGGAACCUAAACUAAAGCCCUCCGCCAACACCGUCAAACGGCAGAAGCGCCUAAUCGCAGAACUAGGAUUAAUGUAUUCAUAUUCUACAGUGUUCGUGUACAUGGGAUGGGGGAAAAUAGUUAAACCAGCCAAGACUUAAAUGAAAAGCUGUAAGGGAUUUUCUGCCAGUUUCAGGGGACUGAAAACGUCAAGUGAAAUAGAACUUAAGUAUGACACGCAGUAGGUACUUUGAUUGGUUGAAUUGUCUUGAGAAUUCUGCAGGGUUCCGAUGGUUUAAGGCGAUAUGAAACCCCAACUAGCGCCAAUUGAUAAAAAAAUGUAACUUCCGUUUGAAAGGGUUUUUACCAAACUGUCAGGGCCAUCGCUCCUUCUUUCUAGUGUUCUCACUAAAAUGAUAUCACCUGUAUUUCCGGUUUUGCAAUUCAAAAAUAGUGAUGUGCCGCCACUAUCAAAUUCAAUAUCGACUAACUGAAGUGGAAAUAUCUUAAGAGGUUGAAAUUUCCGCUAAAGAGGUGAUUCAAUCACUUCCUAAAGUGUUCAAACCUGUACCUGGCUCCUCCCAAUUAUAGCAGGAAAGAGAAGGCUGCAAAAAGCACAUAGAACAUUCCCCUAGUCAAGCGGCGGCACUACUUCCCAAAGAUCCGUUUCUUCUCAGCCAGUACUAUUCCCUGCAGUGCCAAAGGCGUAUGUUUCCACGCAAAAGCCACAUAACUUUAGGAAAAGUUUACAAAUAACGCUGAACGUAGAAGGAAAAAGACGUAGGAGAGUCCAUGUGGGUUCAACUUGAAACAAAAAAGAAAAAUAGAUAUGCCACCACUAUUUUUGAAUUGCCCAAAACAUGUAAUCGUAUCUGAGGUAAAAGAAUAGACUUUAGUUGGGGGUUCAAAUCGUCUAGACCAGAUUGAUAUUAUUGUCUCGCUAGUUGUAACUAUGUGUACCUAUUUGUUUUUUUAACUAAACUGCAUUUAUUAUUGUCAUGGGUAAUAGCUAGAUAUUGGCUAGCAAUAGGUGUAAGUGAUACAAGUACAUUUUCUGAUUUUUUCAUGAUGAUCGUAAAAUAAGAUAAAUAUGAUUUUCAAUUUCAUGAAAAUAUGACAAUUUACUGUAAGUAUAAUAUCAUCACAUCAAUUUACUCACAUAAGAUUAAAUUAUUCUUUAUGUAAAGCGUAAUGUUUUAAAACUUAUUUAUUGUUUGUUUAUAUUUUAUAGCUGACAAAAAUGUGAUUUACUUACUUAGAUUUUAUAUUUUUUCCUAUAAAAUACCUGCCUAAUUCAUAAUGUUUGUAAUCUUAACGUACGUAAACAUAAAACAUAACCAUUACUCAUAAAUGUGUCUGUAGAAUUUGUCGCUAUGUUUAUCAUGGUUUUUACCAUAUUAAUACCAGAAUUGAAAGUUCAUUAAAAUCUAUAUAAGUACA